GUCAACGACGAUAGGCGCAAUAUUGGAAGGAGCUAGAGAGUCGCCUUCCCUUACUGCUACUUUCGAUUGGGAGGUAUUUUUGUGGCUUUCUUAGAAUGGAAUGAGGUUUUCAAGUUCAUCCCUCUUCCACCUCUAAUACCAGUCAUCACAGACAUAUAAACCCACAUCGGCAUGUGAAGACUGGACAAUCAUGGACGACGACUACGUUGCGGAGGUCCUCGCCCGCGAGGCGCGAGAUAGCUCUCAGAGGUAUCAAACGGAUGGACUCGGCGCAUAUAUGCCACGAAGACCUGCUGGCAUUGCUCCCAAACCAAACACUAGAUUCCUGCGCCACCUCAUCAAAGAGACCGAUAGUCACAAUACAGCCCUCAAGCGCAAGGAGGAGAGAGAGGCAAGGGAUCGUCUCCGCCAUCUGAGGACCCAACCUCAAGAUGACCGGACCUCGGAACGUUCUCCUUCCACCCGAAAACAUCACCCUCAAUCCAGUUCGUCGGACCUCACAAGAGGUCAGAGAGAGGAGCGCCGGGAUCGUCCGAAACGAGGCGAACGUGAGAGUCAACAUUCUCAGCGAAAACACCGGGCUCGGGACUCAUCCGCCGAGAGAGAUCGAUCACGACGUCAUCGCCACCGAGAUGAGUCGCGCGACCGAUCCUCGAGAGAUCACCGAGACCGUCGAGACGAUCGGGACACUGAGCGUCGUCGGAAGCGUCGUUCGGGCCGUGACAGGUCCCAUUCACCCUCACGAAGCCAAUCCCCCCGGCGGGACAGGAGCUCUGAACGCCAUCGCAAGCACCGCCACCGAUCAGAGUCCCGAACAGACAAACCGUCGUCACACUCACGGCGGACACGAACAGAGCGAUCUGACGGUGCCGAACGUGACCGCCGUCAGCCCCCUCAGAAAUCCCAUUCGCAUUCGACUCGAACGUCAACCGAUCCGCGCGAUAAGACACAAGACUCGCCCUCGAACGGAGCCAGGGCUUCCACAGCGCUACGGCGCGAUCACUCCGAUGGUGAUUCGGAUCCUCUGGAAGAUCUCGUUGGUCCGUUGCCUCCCCAAAAAGACGGUGAGGGUGCUGUCCCUCUUCGUUCGCGUGGCCGAGGUGCAUACAAACCUAGCGCCAGCAAUAUCGAUGCCCACUUUGCUCCAAACUACGAUCCUACACUUGACGUUCAGUCUGAUGACGAUCGGAUUUCGUCUGUAGACAAUUCUUCCCGUCGCCCGGUUGCGGGUCUCAUGACUGCGGAUGACGAUUGGGACAUGGCCCUCGAGGCACUGCGCGACCGACAGCGGUGGAAGCAGAAAGGAGAAGAGAGACUACGCGCUGCAGGAUGGAACGAGGAGACCAUUGAUCGGUGGAAGAAUAAUCCUGCAUUCACAGGGGCAACCAGCACCGAAAGUAACCCGGAGAAUGUACGGUGGGCAAAGAAGGGUGAGGGCCGUGAGUGGGAUCGGGGGAAGGUGAUAGGUGAAGAUGGGCAUAUAGAUGUCCGAGCUGCCUGGUGAUUCUACAUCCAUUUCUGCUUUUCUGAGCGUGGCAUUGCAUGGUUUUCCGUGCCUUCAUAUUCUUAGCUCUUCUUUAUCUUGAUACCAUUAUAUUUGGCGCAUGGGGGAACGAGUAACCAGGAUGUCGUUCAUACUUCUCCUCACCGAAUUCAUUAUCCUGAUUGACGAGUA